UUCACUCAAAUUCAGCACAUACUUUACACUCAUCACUCACGUCACAGUUAACAUCACCUCAUACACACCCAAACUUUCGCAAGUAUGUAGUGUCCACCCCCACAUCACACGUUCACGAGUAUUUAAGUAAGUUAAGUUUGAAUCAGGUUUAAAAACAGGAGAAAUGUCAUUCCGGUACAGAGUGAAGUCAAGAUUGCUGCCUCAAUCGAGCUUCUUAAAGGACACGCCGGGGUCAAUUUCCAUCGACCUUUCUGCCCAUGCGGAGGCCGAAGGUUCCACGGGGACGGGUGAGCGAGGUUCCAUAGCCAAUGAAGGAGACGAGGACGUCGUUCAAUUCCCACUUUUCAGAAAUGUUAGUCAAAAAAAGAGAAUUCCGCCCAAUCGGGCUAGCACAAUUCGCCGAAAUGAUUCUCCGCUAGCCUCACCGACUGCGUCGGAUCCGCCUAAAUGGGUCGAAGGCGAAGAAACUCUUUCCGACAGCGAGCUCAACAUUAACAUCGAGCUCGACUUUGGCUGGAUAUUCGGCUGGAUGGAACGAAUCGUGUGGCUCACCAUGAUCAUCAGUGUGAGCUGGGCCGUUUUCUACAACUUUGAGCGCGCCACUUCCGAAGUCUGCUACAUUUAUGGGGAUGAGCACUACCCAUUCAACAUCCUCCCCUCCCUGUCUCGCGCCAUGAGCUCGUUUCGGGUCGGAAAAUUCAUCUGGACCGCCAUCAUGGCCGGCGUCUUCGUGGCACGCCUCCUCUCCAAUCAUUUCCUUCAUCGGCUCUACGAAGCCUGGUAUUUCGACAACUGGUUUAACAAAAUCUACCUGAACGUCGCCUAUUUGCUCGAUACCCUGGAAAUAAUCAGUCUCGUUAUGAUUCCCGCCUUCUCUUUGGAUUGCGACCCGGGCGAGCACUCCGUCUUUUUCCGGGUCUUCAUCGUCCUCACCUUUGCGGCCGAGUUGCUCCAAUAUUUUACCAAGUUUUUGAAGCGAAAAGUAGGAAUUGUCCUGCAUUCGAGGGACGUGGACAAUUAUUAUAGACAAAUCGGGGUCCUAAUCAUUCUCCAGAUGGUUUUUAUCGCUUGCAUGGUAACCGGAUACAUGCUACACGAUCGGCUUUGUGGGGACCUCAUGUGGUCCAUUUUCACGGUGUCAGAGUAUGUCACGGUCGUUAUUAAUGUCAGAUUUAAGAGAGAUACGGUAUUAUUUGUCAAAUAAAUAAUGUGCACACUCUAAAUACAAAUGGAUAAAAUUUACUCAAGGUUUAGUAACAAAGGAGGAGGGCGACACAACAAUUACAUAAAAUUUAUCAAAGCUUGCCUAAAAUUUGUCGAAAGGCUAGACAAAUGUAACACAAUUGUUGUGUAGUUCUCUAUUUUAUUUACUUAAACUAGAGUAAAUUGUGUCACUCUUUAUUUAGGGUGUACUCAUGUACCAUUUUAAUGUAUUUAAUUAGUCUAUCCAUUAGUCACUAUUUAUUCAGUUGUUGAAGUCAUUGCUGGCAUGUUGCACGAAUCGUGCAGCACGAUCGACUUUAUGGGGAAGUUAUGUAUAUCAUGGUCCUUAUUAAUGUCACAUUUAAACGAGACACGGUACUUUUUCUCACAUAAAUUAUUUAAUUGAAGGCUUUUCACUUGUUUAAAUAAAUAAUGUCGACUCAAA